AUGAUGUUGUGUCAAUUGGGGGAAAAGAAAAAAUUGAUUAAACCUAUAGUUGAUAAUGAAUCUGACGUUUUAUAUUACGUCACAGUAGACGAGUUGUUUGAAGUAAUUCAUGCCGCACAUUUAUCAGUAGGGCAUGGUGGUAGAAAUAGGAUGAUGGCUGUGUUAAAAACAAAAUAUUGUAAUGUGACAACGGAGGCAGUUAUGGCAUAUUUAGGUUUAUGCAGUAAUUGUCAAGUAAAACAAUCAAAUCCGAAAAGAGGGCUUGUGACAAAACCAAUUCUACAUUCCGCAUUUAAUUCAAGAGCGCAAAUUGAUUUGAUUGACAUGCAAUCUCAAAACUAUAAUAAUUAUCGCUAUAUAAUGAAUUAUCAAGAUCAUUUAACGAAAUUUGUUAUUUUAAAACCUCUGAAGACAAAAAGGGCCGAAGAAAUCGCUUUAAAUUUGAUAGAUAUUUAUACAAUAUUUGGUGCACCCGCUAUACUCCACUCGGAUAAUGGUCGUGAGUUUGUUAAUUCUAUUAUAACAAAUUUAAAUGAAAUGUGGGGAGACAUCAAAAUUGUGCAUGGCAAGCCUCGUCAUAGCCAGACCCAAGGAUCAAUUGAACGCGCGAAUAGGGACGUUGAAGAAAUUUUGGCUUCUUGGAUGACUGAUAAUAAAUCAAAAGACUGGCCAAUGGCAUUAAAAUUUGUGCAAUUUCAAAAAAAUCGGGCUUUGAACUCAGGUAAGCUAUUAACUAAAAACAAUUUUUUUUAAUAAUUUUUAUUUUUAUUAAUUAAUUAAUUUUUUUAAUAGGUAUUGGAAGAUCACCAUACGAGGCGAUGUUUGGUUGUA